AUGAUGGCGCGAGUUCCGUUUAUCGGCCGUCUGCUCUGGACGGAGUAUAUCGCUCUUCUAAUCUCGCUGGGGCUGGUGUUUCUGGAAGGGAUCAUUCAUAUCAUCACCCUCUGCCUUCCCCAGACUGUUAUCAACAUCUGCUACAGACAGUCGAAGCGGCUGUUUCAUGUGCUCUCGGUAGCUCAGCCCAAGCGUCCCAAGCAGGAUAGCAUAUCUGCAGACAUCGCAAAGGCGUCAGAGUUCACCGAGCUCUGUGAUCUGUUUGGUUACGAGACCGAAGAACAUGUCGUCCAGACGGGGGACGGCUACCUGCUGGGACUACAUAGGCUUCCCUGGCGAAAGGACGAGCAGCAUACCUACGCUAACGUCAACGAUGCCGGCCAUGAGGCGCCCCGAAAGCCCGUCGUCUACCUCCACCACGGCCUGCUAAUGAGCAGCGAGGUUUGGGUCUGCUUGACGGACGAGAGCAGGUGUCUGCCAUUCCGGCUGGUGGAGUUGGGGUAUGAUGUCUGGCUCGGGAAUAACCGUGGCAACAAGUACUCUAAGAAGUCGACGACGCUAUCGCCCUCUUAUAGCGCGUUCUGGAACUUCUCGAUGGACCAGUUUGCCUUUCACGAUAUCCCGGAUAGCAUCAACUAUAUCCUUUCGGUCACGGGCCAGCCGUCGUUAUCGUAUAUAGGCUUUUCACAAGGGACAGCACAGGCGUUUGCAACGCUGUCCAUUCAUCCGACGCUGAACCAGCAGGUCAACCUGUUCAUUGGGCUGGCACCGGCCAUGUCUCCCGCGGGCCUUAGCAAUGGGGUUGUGGAUGCGUUAGUGAAAGCUUCGCCGGACGUGAUGUUUCUUGCGUUCGGUCGACGGAGCAUCCUCAGCUCGACGGCGAUGUGGCAGGCGAUUCUCUACCCGCCAAUCUUUGUCCGCAUCAUCGACACGGCGUUGUCGUUCCUGUUCAACUGGAGCGGCAAGAAUAUCAGCAUGGCCCAGAAACUCGCCGCGUAUGCCCACCUGUACUCGUCUACCAGCACAAAGUCGGUCGUGCACUGGUUCCAGAUCAUCCGCAACAAGAGCUUCCAGAUGUACGACGACGACGCGGGCUCCAUGCUCAGCAUCGCUGCGCGGUCACGCUUCUACAAGCCGGCCAAGUUCCCGACGAAGAACAUCAAGACGCCCAUCGUGCUGGUCUACGGCGGUUCAGACAGCCUGGUAGACAUCGACGUGAUGCUAGAGGAGCUGCCCAGCCAUACUACCGCAACCGAGAUUGCCCAUUACGAGCACCUGGACUUCCUAUGGGCGCGGGACGUUGACCGGCUCGUCUUCCCGCACGUUUUCAAGGCGUUAGGGAGCCAGACGCAGACAGCGCCGGCCAAGCUGGCUGAGCAGUUUGACGGCACCGCAGAGGAUACCUGCUUUGUGGAGUAUGUUGAUAACGCAUAA